AUGGAUACUCCAAUGGCCAAUACCUCUUCAUUCACCCCCACCUAUACGGUGUCAUCUCCUCACCUUUAUCCUCGCCCGCCUAUGUCCUCCCACAUCUCAGACUUCCACCUUACCCUCCUACUUCCCGUUUUAACAUACUGGCUCACUGCUCUCUUCUGGUCUAUCAUCUCAUAUUAUGAUAUUUGGUCUAGCUACCGCAUUCAUACACCGGCCGAAAUCGAAAGUCGUAACGGUGUCACAAUCCCCCAAGUCUUGCGCUCUAUUCUCGGACAGCAGCUAUUUCAGACGGCAUGGGGAUUGUUCCUAGGCUAUUGUGUUCUUGGAACUGAAGAUAUGGUAGGGUCAGAGGAUUACGAUAUUGCUGUGUGGGCGGAGAGGGUUGUGAAAGGAUAUUCCUGGAUACAGUGGAGCUUGAGGAUGAGCAUGAUGGGCUUGGGAUUGGAUCUUGCGAAUUCCAAAGGGUCUUUGCAUCUUCCGGUCCGUGUCAAUAUCACUACGUCUGAUGGAAGAAUCAUUGCAUGGGAAAUAAUAGUCGCGCAAGUGAUAUAUUGGCUUCUUGCGCCCGCAGCUCGAUUCGCGAUUUGUAUCUUCAUCAGCGACUCAUGGCAAUAUUUUGGACAUCGUGCCUUUCAUGAAAAUAGAUGGCUAUACCGAAAUGUCCACUCUCUACACCACCGCGUUAAUGCACCUUACGCAUUCGCCGCAUUUUACAAUACUCUUACCGAAUCAUUUAUCAUGGAUACCUGUGGAAUCAGCGUCGCGUUUUACUUUUCCGGACUUCACAUGCGUGAGGCUUUGAUAUUCUCUAUCGUCAGCGUGUUGAAAGGCGUCGAUGAUCACUGUGGAUACAGACUCCCAUGGAAUCCCAUCCAAUGGUUGGGCGAACAAGACACCUCGUUUCAUGAUAUCCAUCACCAGACUUGGGGUGCUACUACAAACUUUUCGCAGGUUUACACAACAUUCUGGGAUCAUGUUUUGGGAACGAUAUCUAGAAAGACUCCGGAGGAGAUAGAGGAGCUUUACAAGAAGGGAAGAGAGAAUGCGGAAAAGGCUAAGAAAGUCAAUUGA